GAUCAGAUGAGCGGCCGGGAAACGCCGAGGAAGGCGGGGUGGGUGCGCAGUCGGUUGGUCGGCCAGAAACGCUCCGAAAAAUAAGCAGAAUAAAAUAAAAAAUACAAGAAAAUAAAAAAAGCCGCAAAUAUUAAGCAGAAUAAUAAAAGCCUAAACGCAGACGGCCGGGAUUUAUGGGCCACCGACUCCCUCCAGCUCCUCCUCUGCGCGCUGUAUAGGAAGUUAAAGGUCACGAUCUGCGCGCUCCGGUUUUUGUUCUUGGAAAAAACCAAAAAAAAAAAACAGGCCGCGUCUAUUCGCGAGCUCCGGUUUUUAUUCCCGUAUUUUGACGCAAAUAAAUGGGUGAUUACGGCUUCGGCUUGUUACAGACAGCGAGUCUUGACAGCAGCAGCGCACUGUUCGGCGCUUUCAGAUCGUCCUACUCGGUUACCGGUGACCUCCUUCUCGUCCCUGCAGCCGCCUCGCCGCCGCCGCUUCCUCUCUCCCGCAGCAGUGCAGCAGCGUCCCCGCUCUUCCCGUCGGCCGCCGCGCCCCGGCGAAACAUGCAGGAUGAGCCUGCAGGGCUGACAGCAUCGCGGCGACACGUCGUGUCCACCGAGUCGAGCGACGAGGCCGGAAACGCAGCGGCCGAGCGAUCGCCACCCACCGGCAGCACCGGCGGCGGCGGCGGCGACCCCGGGACCGUCCAUAAUCACACAGACUACGACUUCAGCGACUAUAAGGCCGGACAAGGCCGCUUUGGUGCUGUCGCGUCACUGCGUGACCUUGACCGAGAAAGGAACGAAAAUCAUCACGCAGAGCCCGAGUGCGCCCCUGAAGGCCCCGGGCCGCUCCCGGAGGACGCACUGACCGACCCUGCGGCGCCCUCGAGCGCAUCCGUGAGUCCGAACAAGAUCCGAAUGGAGCCCACGAGUGCGCAUCUCGCGGCGGCCUUUACAAGCCUCCCGCAUCACGAGACCUCAGCUGCUUCUCCGUCCUUGCCCGGGUUCGGUGCGCCGUGGUCGGUCCAUACGAGCUCUCCGCCGCCGCCGCCGCCGCCGGUAUCCAACAACACCACCCACAUCAUGCCUGGUACCGAACCGGAUGGAGGAUUCUACCCAGGAAUCCCGUCCUCAGUGAAUCCCGGCUUCUUCCAGAGCUUCUCUCCUGGUGUCAACGCGCACGGGUUCGGCGCUCCGUUCUCGCCGCAGAUGGGCGGCGCUCCGCCGCAGCACGCGCCCAGCCGCCGCUCCCCGCUCAGCCCGCAGCACGGCACCUUCCUGCAGCAGAGGAACAGCUACAACCAACAGCAGCCCCUGAUGAAACAGUCUCUGUGGGGCAGCGGCUGGAACUCGGCGGGUGUGCCCUGGGGCAGGGAUCAUCGAGGGCGUGGCGUUGGCAUGGCCGUGCCCGUCUCGCUCGGCCAGAUCUCGCCCAUGAAGAAGCCGUUCAGCAGCGGGAGCGUCAUCGCCCCACCCAAGUUCCCACGCUCCGGAGCUUCGCUCGGCCCUAAGACCUGGAACGACGACAUGUUCCGCACCGACAACAACAGCAACACACUGAUGCCUCUGCAGGAUCGGAACAGAAUGUAUGACAGUCUGAACAUGCACUCACUGGAGAGUUCUCUGAUCGACAUCAUCCGGGCUGAGCAGGACCCUCUGAAAGGCCGCAUGGGAUGCCCACAUCCUGGCGCCGAUGGCCUGCUCAUGCUCAAUGCAAGGAGUUACGGCAGACGAAGAGGACGUUCCUCCCUCUUUCCAAUAGACGAUGGGCUCCUUGACGAUGGACAUGGUAACCAGGGCGUACCUGGAGUUCUGGGAUCUUCUGGUUAUCCGCAUCAGAACGGCGAGCGCAUUGAGAGGUUUUCACGGAAAGUGUUUGUGGGCGGCCUGCCACCUGAUAUAGACGAAGAUGAAAUCACCUCCAGUUUCCGGCGCUUUGGUCACCUGGUGGUUGAUUGGCCACACAAGGCAGAGAGCAAGUCCUACUUUCCUCCAAAAGGUUACGCCUUCCUGCUAUUCCAAGAAGAGAGCUCGGUGCAGGCGCUGAUCGAAGCCUGUUUGGAGGAGGACGGCAAACUUUACCUGUGUGUGUCCAGCCCCACCAUCAAAGACAAGCCCGUUCAGAUCCGUCCGUGGAACCUGAGCGACAGUGAUUUUGUGAUGGACGGCUCGCAGCCUCUCGACCCUCGCAAGACCAUCUUCGUAGGCGGAGUGCCCCGUCCUCUGAGAGCAGUUGAGCUGGCUAUGAUCAUGGACCGUCUGUAUGGUGGCGUGUGUUACGCCGGGAUUGACACCGACCCUGAACUGAAGUACCCGAAAGGGGCGGGCCGAGUAGCCUUCUCCAAUCAGCAGAGCUACAUCGCCGCCAUCAGUGCCCGAUUCGUCCAGCUGCAGCAUGGAGACAUUGACAAACGGGUGGAGGUGAAGCCGUACGUUUUGGAUGAUCAGCUGUGUGAUGAGUGUCAGGGGGCGCGCUGCGGAGGCAAGUUUGCGCCCUUCUUCUGCGCCAACGUCACAUGUCUGCAGUACUACUGCGAGUUCUGCUGGGCCAACAUCCACUCGCGUGCCGGCCGAGAGUUCCACAAGCCGCUGGUCAAAGAGGGAGCCGACCGGCCACGCCAGAUUCACUUCCGCUGGAACUAACGAACGACAAGGAAGCACGCCACGAGCCCAAGCUAUCAGUAUAGAGCACCUAACAGUAUACAGUAUAUAGAGAUCUAUGGAAUUAUUUAUCUUUUGUAGCAGCCAGAAACACUACAUGCCUCAUUUGUUUCACCAAAUCACACACUUUUGCUCUUCUACCCUACCCUCAGUCCCUACAUCUCAGGCUUUUGUGGUACUUUGGUGUUUUUUUGUUUUUUUUGUUUUUUUAAAGGAGAUUAACAAAAAAGAGAUUUGUAGUUUUUUUUUCCUAAUUAUUUUUAUAUGGCAAAUUUAACAAGUAGAUAUGAGAAUGUUUUUCGCAUGAGAGGGCAGUUGUCUGUCUGUCCAUCUGUCUGUCUGCUGCUAACCCCUCCCCGUGGGCAAAGUGCGCAAUUGUCUCUGGAUAAACUCUUCAUGGCGUGAUCCUGGGGAGCCCCACCAUAGUGGUGUAAACGCUACAGUGGGGAAAUCGCAAACUCGUGCUGAAUUAUGAGUGUAUAAAUCUGUAAGCUGCCCUGUUGAAAUAGAUAGCUGUCAGAGGUCUUUACCAAAGGUAGCAGAAGAAAACAAUAUUCUCGCCUUUAUUUAGUAAAUUCUGGAAUGGUUUUAAAAAAAAAUCUAAUUUACAUGAUGUUUAGCUUAUUUGAAAUCUAGUCAAUCAGCCAAGACCAAAAUGUCUGAUGUAGUCUUGCAACAGCUCGGAGUCUAAUGUCACUAACAGAUAAUACAGUCUGACCUGAAAUAUUUUACUUCAAUAUUUUCCUCAAACCACUUCCAAUUCUGAGGCAGUUAUAGUUCUAGAAACACAAAUAAAACCUUCACUGUAUAGCUGAAUGAUGUAACGUUAUACAGGCCACCAUCUUGGACAACACUUCUUUUUUUUUUUAGCACAAUUUGUUAUCAUUUGUCUCCCUUUGGCCCCACCUCCUAAAGUUUCACAGGAUCAUUGUAGCUGGACAUUAUGUAAGGAAUAAAACACAACAGAACAUGCUGCUAUAGGAAAAUAAUCAAUGACCCGGUGAUGCGAUGCAUUACUUUCCCCAAGUUAAUUGUUUUCUCAAUGACAUUAUGUUCUGAUGUGUUUUAUUCUUCUUAUACUACAGCCAAUGACUACAGUGUUUUAUUUAAUAAAGAACGACAUACUGUGCAAAAGUCUCAGGCACAUGUAAAGAAAUGCUGUCGGCCAAAAAUGGCUUAAAAUAAUGAAAUGAAAUGUUUCGACGUUGAAAAAUACUAUAAACAGUAAGCCAUAGUAAAGGAAACAAAGUCAGUAUUCGGUGUGAGAUGACCCAUCCAUCCAUUAUCUGUCGCCGCUUUAUCCUGUCCUACAGGGUCGCGGGCGAGCUGGAGCCUAUCCCAGCUGACUACGGGCGAAAGGCGGGGUACACCCUGGACAAGUCGCCAGGUCAUCACAGGGCUGACACAUAGACA